AUGUCCAACACCCUCCGUCCCUACCUCAACGCCGUCCGAGCGACACUCACCGCUGCUCUCACUCUCGAGAACUUCUCUUCUCAAGUGGUGGAAAGACACAACAAGCCAGAGGUGGAAGUACGGACAUCACCCGAGGUGUUGCUGAAACCAUUGAUCGUGUCGAGGAACGAGUCAGAGAGGGUUUUGAUUGAACCUUCGGUAAACUCGAUCAGGUUGAGUAUAUCUAUCAAACAGGCGGAUGAGAUUGAGAAGAUAUUGUGUCACAAGUUUACGAGGUUCAUGAUGAUGAGAGCGGAAGGAUUUGUCAUUCUCAGAAGGAAACCUUUACCUGGCUACGACAUUUCAUUCCUCAUCACCAAUUUCCACUCCGAAUCGAUGUUGAAACACAAACUGGUAGAUUUCAUUAUCCAAUUCAUGGAGGAUGUAGAUAAGGAAAUCUCAGAGAUGAAGUUGUCUUUAAACGCCAGAGCGAGAAUCGUAGCGGAGAGUUAUUUGUCUACGUUCGCAUAA